AUGGCCAGCACUUUAUAUAAAUGGGCAGGUCUAUUAUUUCUGUCAUCUUUUCCAUAUAUUUUCACUUUACGUGGUGACUUUGUCUUCGAUGACACAGAAGCGAUCGUUAAAAAUAAAGAUGUUUCCUCUGAAUCUUGGACCGAUUGCUUCUACAAUGACUUCUGGGGGACUAAUAUAAAAAGUAAUCUUAGCCACAAAUCUUAUAGACCCUUCACAAUAUUGACAUUCAGGUUGAACUAUAUUAUGAACAACAGACAACUAUCAGCAUUGUCAUUCAAAACAACGAAUUUGUUUUGUCAUAUCUUGAGUACUGUAUUGGUUUGGUUCACUUAUAAAAUAGUUGUAAAUAUUCAACACUUAAAAAAACACAAGAUCGAUAUUAGUUAUUUUGGUGCAUUAUUAUUUGCUGUUCAUCCUAUACACAUAGAAGCUAUCAGUGGUAUAGUUGGGAGAGCAGAUUUACUCUGUGGUACUACGUUUUUCUUAGCUUUUAUAUGUUAUGAUAAAGCAAUUAACAGCCAAAAGCAUAGUAGCCUGUUUAUGGUUGUUACUAUAAUUUUAUCUGCUGUCUCUAUGUUAUUUAAAGAGAAUGGAGUCACAGUAUUGGGAUUUUGUUUAUUUUAUGAUAUGAUUCAUAAUAUUAAAAAUAAAAAAGAGACUCAAAUUUACAAAUUCUGCAAUAAAAUUAAUAUGAAGAGAAUAACUAUACUCAUGUUAUCAAUAGUUUUCCUGUUAUAUGGAAGGUGGGCCAUCAUGGGUGGCACAAAACCUGAAUUUAAAGCGACUGAUAAUCCAGCAGCUUUUGCAGAUUCCUUCACAAAGGUAGUAACACACAGUUACAUACACUUUUUAAAUUCAUUGCUGUUUGUUUGGCCACAAUGGCUAUGUUAUGACUGGUCCAUGGGAUGUGUACCACUGAUCCAAAAAUUCCUAGAUCACAGAAUAUUGUGUCCAUUGUUGAUGUAUUUGUAUGGAAUAUUCAUUAUAAGAGCAAUUUUUUGUAAACAAAACAAAAAAUUUACAAAAAGAAUACUUUUACUCAGUGUGGCAUUAAUCAUACUACCGUUUUUACCUGCUGCAAACAUAUUUUAUCCAGUUGGUUUUGUCAUAGCUGAAAGAGUCUUAUAUAUUCCAUCUGCUGGGUACUGCUUGAUGAUAUCUUUUGGAUUAAAUAAGAUUAUCACAAGAUUCAACAAAUACAAACUGGGACUUAUUGCAUAUAUAAUUUUGCUAUUAAUUUAUGGAUUAAGAAGCUGGCAAAGGUCAUAUGACUGGCAAAGUGAAUAUCAGUUAUUUGUGAAUGGAAUGCUUGUGUGUCCAUUAAAUGCUAAAAUUCAUUACAAUAUAGCAAAAGUAUCUGAUGCUCGAAAUAAAACUGAUGUUGCACUGGCUUCAUACAAGGAAGCUAUUAGAUUAUAUCCUGAGUAUUAUCAAGCAAUGAACAAUUUAGCUAAUCUUCUCAAGAAUCAGAAGAAAUAUCAAGAUGCGGAAUAUUAUCUGAGAAGUGCUUUAAAAUACAAACAAGAUUAUCCUGCGGUUUGGAUGAAUCUGGGCAUCGUCCUAGCGAGCACCAAGCGCUUGAAAGAGUCUGAGCAGGCUUACAAGAUUGCCCUACAAUAUCGGAAAAACUAUCCAGAUUGUUACUACAACAUAGGAAACUUGUAUUUAGAAAUGAAGAAAUCGGAAAAUGCUUUGGAUAAUUGGUUGAAGGCAAUAAAUUUUAAUAGAAAACAUGAACUUGCAUGGACGAAUAUGAUCGCUCUAUUAGACAACACAGAACAGCUUGAUCGUGCUUUACAGUUAAUACCGAACGCUUUAUCGGAACUACCUAACUCGCCCUUGAUAAACUUUGCUGUGGGCAAUAUUUACGGAAAAAUGGACAGAUUCGAAGAAGCAGAAAAACAUUUUUUAAAAGCUAUUUCACUCUUCGAUAGAAAGGUUCAAGCAAUACAUUACGCUAAUUUAGGCGUUCUUUAUCAUCGCUGGAAAAGAUACGAUAUGGCCGAGAUAAUGUAUAAAAAUGCAUUAAAAAUAAACCCAGACUUUAAAACUGCAAUCAGAAACCUUAUAAGCCUACAAAAAUAUAAAAAUAGAUGA